AUGGUUGUGAAUAGGUUAAAGAAUCCCGAGUUUUUAGAUGGGAAGGUUAAAUCUAGAUCUUUUAGAGAUGUUUUAUCUGGUGAGUCGGCUUCGCUGGACUUUGCCCUCCUCAAAGUGUCCUCCCACCAUGGUUUGCCAGCUUUGUUAAUCUCUGUUGAGGAAAUGCUUUCUUCUGCGAUGCCCGUUGAAUUUGCUUUAGUUGGGGAGUUUUUGGGGCAUCGCUCGCCUCUUGAUACGAUUCACAAAGUUUUCUUUAAUCUAAAGCUUGUUGGUGAAUUCUCGAUUACUUUGUUGAACCCUAAAAAUGUGUUUAUUAAGCUUAUCAAUGACUUAGAUUACUGUAGGGUUUUCUCUUAUCGCUCCUACUUCGUUAAGCUUUUUGAAUGGACUCCGCAUUUUUACAUAAAUAUGGAGUCUCCCAUAGUCCCCAUUUGGGUCUCUUUCCCAUGUUUGUGCCUACAUCUUUUCUCCCCCAGCAUUCUUCAUGGCUUGGGGUUGCUGUUUGGUAGGCCCUUAAGAUUGGGUAAUUCGACUACUAAUGAUUCUAGGCCUUCUAUAGAUUGCAUAUUAGUGGAAUUAGAUGUUACUAAACGAUAUACUUCUCAAGUCUGGCUUGGUUUGGAGCCUAUGGGUUACGUUCAAUAG